GGAUACACACACAGAUAUGUAGGCAGACAAGGAUCUCGUUGCACUUUCAGUGGUCGACUCAGACCUCUGACUUAUUUAACCGAACGACUUUGAUUUACUUGCAACGUAUUGCUUUCACUGUAUUGGCGCGAGAUCAAGAAAUCGUGAGGAUGCGAUGAGAAAGAGGAAAAAGUCUUCGAGCUGGAAUAUUUCGGCUGGGCGGGCUUGUAAAUGUGCCAGAGAGGGAAAUAUGUUAUGGAAGCGUGUGAAUUGAGUGACCGAGGCUUUUAGUUUCUAAUUAAAUCAAAGGGAACUGUUCCCCCCGAUACACCUGUCUUAUAGAUACUCUGCAGACUGGUGGAUAGACUUGCUGAUGCCAACAACGCCAGAUUGCCUAUAUGGCAGGAUCAUGAAGUUUUUGACGUUUUUUCUUUUGCUUCCAGAAACCUUAAAAAGGACAAGAAAGAGUGGGAAACAGCUCAGCAAGCUGCCAGUAUGCUAUGAAAUCGUGACUUUGUCCUUGAGGAAGAAGAUGGCUGCAGAACUCUAUCCUGCCAGCAUAAACACCAACCUUCCCAACAGUAACAGCACAGCAGUAACAGCUGCCGGCAAAAAGACCAUCGUCCAAGUCACUCAAACGGUGACCACGCCGACUACAACUGCCACUCAGCAGAACAUCAACAAUAAUAACGUCGAGACUGCCAGCUGGCAGUCCACCCAUCCGACAUUGCGAGAGAGGAAUGCUUUGAUGUUCAAUAACGAACUCAUGGCAGAUGUUCAUUUUGUUGUUGGUCCUCCUGGCGCAUCCCAAAAAGUUCCAGCACACAAGUAUGUGCUGGCAGUGGGGAGUUCUGUUUUUGGUGCCAUGUUUUACGGAGAUCUAGCGGAAGGAGAAUCUGAGAUUCAUAUUCCUGACGUGGAGCCUGCUGCUUUUUUAAUCCUUUUGAAGUACAUGUACAGCGAUGAGAUUGAACUUGAAGCGGACACAGUGCUGGCCACUCUGUACGCUGCCAAAAAGUAUAUAGUGCCUGCACUGGCUAAAGCCUGUGUCACCUUUCUGGAGACGAGCCUAGAGGCCAAAAAUGCCUGUGUGUUGUUGUCCCAGAGUCGACUGUUUGAGGAGCCUGAGCUGACCCAGCGGUGUUGGGAGGUCAUUGAUGCUCAGGCUGAGCUGGCGCUUCGCUCUGAGGGUUUCUGUGAGAUUGAUCUUCAAACGCUGGAGAUCAUACUAAAGCGAGAGACCCUCAACACCCGGGAGGCGGUGGUCUUCCAGGCGGCUCUUGAAUGGUCUGUGGCUGAAUGCAAAAGGCAGGGCCUGGGACCGACCGCUCGUAAUAAAAGGGCAGUGCUGGGCAAGGCUCUCUACUUGGUUCGCAUCCCAACCAUGACCCUGGAGGAGUUUGCCAACGGAGCUGCGCAGUCAGACAUUUUAACGCUGGAAGAGACUCAUGAUGUCUUUCUGUGGUACACAGCAGCUAAUCAGCCCAAGUUGGAAUUCCCACUGCAAAAAAGAAAGGGUCUGACACCACAGCGCUGCCAUCGUUUCCAGUCCUCUGCCUACCGUAGUAACCAGUGGCGCUACCGCGGACGCUGCGAUAGCAUCCAGUUCGCGGUGGACAAGAGGAUCUUCAUCGCAGGUCUUGGCUUGUAUGGUUCCAGUGGUGGAAAGGCAGAGUACAGCGUCAAGAUCGAACUCAAGCGCCAAGGAGUGACCCUGGCCCAGAACCUAACGAAAUUUGUUUCAGACGGGUCCAGCGGCACCUUCUCUGUAUGGUUUGAACACCCGGUCCAAGUGGAGCAGGACACCUUCUACACAGUCAGUGCCGUAUUAGAUGGGAAUGAACUUAGCUACUUUGGACAGGAGGGUAUGACGGAAGUGCAAUUUGGAAAGGUGACCUUCCAGUUCCAGUGUUCCUCAGACAGUACCAACGGAACUGGCGUGCAGGGGGGUCAGAUCCCAGAACUGGUUUUCUAUGCCUGAAAUGUUGUCAGGACGUCCCA